ACAGGUGGUUCAUGAAUAUGCUAAUGAGCUCAUUACGUCAUUGAGUGACUUUGUUGGCUGUUUGGGAGUUUUUCUGCGGUGCAGCAUACAAGUGGACUCGGUCUGAUCGAGAGAAAGUGAGCAGUGGACAAACAGCCAGCGACGACUUUAUUUACACCCCACUGCUAAAGCAAGACACUGCAUGUAAAUAGGUCCAGCCUGAGGAGCAGAGAUGGCAGUCAGCUCAUUCAAUAGAAGGCAGUGGGCCUCGCAGUCCCUCCGCGUCACAGCAAAAGAGCUCUCGAUUGUUGGACCACGGGGGAAAAAUACCGCCAUAGCGGAACGAUUCUCAAAGUACCAGAAAGCAGCCGAGGAGAUCAACUUGGACAAGAAAAAAGCCGUGGAAGACAUCACUCUGCACCCCGGCACCCUGAGCGCACUGAAAAAGCGCUGGGAGGCUGAACAACCCGUCUCCUCCGACCAAAGUCCACACACUCCAUCAGCUUACACUCCACCAAGAUCUACAAACAUGGAGAAGACACCACAGCGGGACGUAGAGGACACGGACAGGUCCAACGUGCCUCUCAGCAGCCUCAAAAUGAUGUUCGAGAGCAAGGUUUCUGGAGAGUUGGUACAAACAUCAGGAAGUGGCCUUGACAACAUGGAAUUCGGAGAAAAAGGAGCGUUUGAGACAAUGGUAGAGACCACGCCCCUCAGGCAGAGAAUGGCGCUUUAUCAGGCCGCAGUGUCGAAACUAGACGUGUCCUCUUCCUCUUGUGGCCAGAGUGAAUUGGAUAUGGAGACACGUGCUUAUAGCGUGAAGCAGAAGGAAAACGUCCCUCCGUUCUCGCUUGAUGUGAUCUCCACUCCUGAGCCUGAGGCCAGGAAAGCUUCAACCACGGAUAACAACGCAGGCUCGAGUGUGGCUCCUCCUGUUUCUGAGCAUGGCCAAGCUAAAUCGGUUAAGAAGUUCGGUUUGCCGACGCGCGAGAGCUGCGUGAUGUGCACGAAGACCGUGUACCCCCUGGAGCGACUGGUGGCCAACCAACAAAUUUAUCACAACUCCUGCUUCCGGUGUGCUCACUGCAACACGAAGCUGAGCCUCGCAAACUACGCCUCUCUACACAACAACGUCUACUGCAAGACGCACUACUGCCAGCUCUUCAAGGCUAAAGGGAACUACGACGAAGGUUUUGGACACCGGCCCCACAAGGAGCUGUGGGACUCCCGAGGAGAGGACGUGGAGGACCAGGCGGACAAGGAGGAUCCUCCGGAAACCACCAGCAGUCCAACGGUGGAGGAGUCUCCUCUGGUUAAAGUGAACGUCAUCACUGCGUCCCUGGAGACACGUGCUCAGGAUGCGUCGGAGAGAACGGAGAAACCGGUGGAGACCAGACGGCUGAAGAUCUCCUGGCCUCCAAGAACGGACGGCGAAGAAGCUCCAUCUCAACCCGGUGGUGUGCUGGCUGAAGAGGCCGCUGUGUGUCCCAUCCGCCCAAAAUGGCCACCAGAGGGCGACUCGAGCCCACUCUGUACUGAAAAAGAAGAGCUCUCUGACAUCCGCUGGAGCUCCUCACUUAAAGAGCGCAGCCGCCCCUUUUCAGUCAGCAGCCCUGCCUCGGCCGUCAGUCAACCCAGUCUGACACGCCCCACUCAGCCCCAGCCAAUGGAAAAGGAGGAAAUAGAGGCUGAAGAGGCUGGACAGGAGGAAGAGGAAGUAGAAGUGGAAGUAGAAGUGGAAGUCGGAGGCAGGCGUGAUGGAGUCACCGAAGAGAAAUGUCAGCCGGAAGAGGAGGAGCCACCAUCUUUCACGUGCCAGAGUACAUCCCUGGAGGACACGCCUCCUUCCUCCCCCCUCAGCGAGGGCGAAUCGAGCUCUGGGUUUGAGCAGAAACACUCUCAGGACGUGGGAUUCUGGGAAGGCGAGGAAGAGCACGACGAGUCCGUUGAGGACCUGAUCAGGAAGAACCGUCAUUAUGAAGAGGAUGAAAACGACGAAAACGAUGAAAACUGAUCCGUGUUACCAAUAAACGAGUGAAAUGAAAUUAAAAUCUGUUUUAAUUCCACUGACUUUCAAGGAAUCGCCUUCAUUGGUCCUUCCUUUUAUCCAUGGCAGUAGUCUUUUGUCCCUGUUCAGUGAGUGAAUCCAGAUUUUAUUGGUACUUUUUAUGUAUGUACAGUGUGUGUUUUCUAUGUCCUUUUUUUUUUUUUGUCGCUUAUGGGUUGCCAUUUAAUGUUGCUUUCAAUUUUAUAGCAUCUUUUAUCACGUUACCCGUUAGUUAGAAGAGGUGCCAAUAUUUACAGUUUAGCCGUGGCGUUUACGGUUUCUCACUCCGUGGCACGACAAUACGGAGGAAGACACCUGAAAACGACACUUCUCUACUUUUUGUAGCUCGUGCGAAUUCGAUUCUCCCCAGUGGAAAAGCCAGUUCACUGAAGGGGAAAGAACGCAUUCGCUUCUGGUAGCGCUUACGCUGACUUUAUCUUACACCUUCAACUGUGAAUUCCUAAACCGCUGUUUUGUGAACCAAUAGAAAACUAGAUCUCUCUGCUCGCUAAAAGCACAGGGUAGAAAUUGCUGUAUAUCAUUUUACGCCAACAACAAUAAUUGCUAGGGUUUUUGUGGGGGUUUUUCCCGCUCUGCUUCCUCUUGCUAGGGUUUUCUUGCACCUCUGCAGUCCUGUUUUAAACGCUCUUAUAUAAAUCACCAUAAAACAAGUUGCACGAGGACAAAAGCAGUUACCUAAUUCAAGUCGUUCAUUACAAUUAUGAUUUUUUUUUUUUUCUUCCCCAAAAUGCGAAAUCAUGUUUUUGAUUGUGCAUGAAGACUUGGCAGUCGUCCAGCUGUGUGAGCUCGAGGCUCUGACUUUGAAAGUUUGUUUUAGUCAUGGAAAUAUUUCUCAGCACAUGUGGUCUUUUUUUAGAAGAGAAAUAGGUUGUGUGUGCGAUGGAUGGAUGGAUGUAUCAUUAGAUGCCUUUUAACUUUUUUUUUUUUGCACACUGUGUUUUAAAAUGUUCCUUUUUAUUUUUUUUUUUAAAUCAGGGGACCAAAUUUCCUUCAAUAAAUAAGUAUAUAACGCAUAA